AUGGCUUGUGGGUGUUCAUCAACAGCAAUAGCAGAGAAGAUUUCAUGGAACUGUGCUUUGUUUGUGGCACUAAUGUUAGUUUUGAGUAGCUGCGAAUCAAGCACACGUGAUGAUGAUGAGUUGAAUGUUCAGAUUCAGAAUAUGCUGCAGGAAAAUGAUUUUAGCAAUAACAACUACUACAACAACAAAGUUUGUGAUGAGAUAUAUGUUGUUGGUGAGGGAGAGACACUUCAAACCAUAAGUGAAAAAUGUGGUGAUCCUUAUAUUGUUGAAGAGAAUCCACAUAUUCAUGAUCCUGAUGAUGUUUUCCCUGGCCUCGUUAUCAAGAUUAAUCCUUUCUUUCUUAGUUCAUAA